UCUCUCGGAAGCUCCGUCGCAACACCCAUCGUUUCGCCCCAGAUCGCCCGGGACUCCGUGUUGGCUAUUCAUUCGCUUGUGUGGCAAUUUCCGUUUCUUUUCAAUUUACUUGCUUCUAAACCGACACAAUGUCUGACUACGGCGAUCACGGUGAUGAGGACAACUAUGACUUCGAGCCCGGUCAGGACUACGACGAACAUGAACCCGAGGACUUCUUGAAUCCCGAGGAUAUUGAGGCCGUGGAAGGCGCAGAAACAUAUGGAGAGGAUACCUACACCCCCGCAGUCAAUGGAGACCGCGUUGUUGUUUCGGGCGAUCCUAGCGCCGGGUACUCAGGAAAGGUGAUGGAACAGGUGCGGGAAAGGAAAGUGCCAAACGAUCAGCGCACGACGACCCCAUACAUGACCAAGUAUGAGAGAGCGCGUGUUCUGGGAACCCGAGCCUUGCAGAUCAGUAUGAACGCUCCUGUGCUUGUGGACCUCGAAGGCGAAACGGAUCCCUUGCAGAUCGCUAUGAAGGAGCUGAACCAGAAGAAAAUUCCUCUAAUUGUGAGGAGGUAUCUGCCUGACGGAUGGUACGAGGACUGGACAUGCGAAGAACUUCUCUAGAUAAAAAGAUGGAAUGGGUGGCUGUGUACUGAAAAUUGGGCUCUUUCUGUUUCUAUGUACGUUACUUCUUUCAUUCCUUGUGUGCAGCAUAGCGUUUGGAGUUUGGGAGUAGGAAAGCGGACCAAAAUGGCUAGCCAGCCUGGGGUCACUGGGAAGGGCAAAAAAAAUCCUCAAAAACAAUAACGCAGUACAGUCUUUCAAAUAAGGAGAAAAUAGUAUUGAAGUUGACGCUGUUACUUUCAACAGGAUCCUACCAUGCUACUAUGAAAU